ACUGGAAGACAAAAUUAUUCAGAACCGCCUCUUUGCCCUAAAGUAAAGAAAAAGAAAACUCUCUCUCUCUCUCUCUCUCUCUCUCUCUCUCUCUCUCUCUCUCUCUCUCUCUCGGAGGAAGACAAACCAAAACCCUCAAAGAGCAAAAAUAAAAAACAGCGGGUUUGAUCGGAGAUCGGGGGAACUCUCCGACGACGUUGUCCUUGUUGUCCUUGUUGUCGUGGUAGAUUAGAUAAACACCCUCUCGCAAUCAGUCUCAUGAACCUCUCUUGGAAUCUGUAGAUCAAGUGUGUGAUGGGGAGUAGCGAUGAGCGAAACAGUAAGGCGAUUGAUGCCUCCGUUGGAGGUUUGGUUUGGGUCCGACGCCGCAACGGGUCAUGGUGGCCGGGUCGGAUCAUGGCUCAUCACGAGGUUCCUGAUGAUACCAUCGUUUCUCCCAAAUCAGGCACACCUAUUAAGCUUCUAGGUCGUGACGAUGCUGGCGUGGAUUGGUAUAAUCUUGAAAAGUCCAAGAGGGUGAAGGCGUUUCGUUGUGGGGAGUAUGAUGCUUGUAUUGAGACUGCUAAGGCUACUGCCACUGGUGCUAGUAAGAAGCCUGUCAAGUACGCUCGACGUGAAGACGCCAUUGUCCAUGCUCUCGAGAUCGAGAGUGCCCUCCUUGUUGGAAAAGAUGAGAAGCCAAGCACGUCUUCUGACUCGACUGAUGUGGCAAAGACUGAAGGUGCCUUGCAGUCUAGUGUGUCUUGCGAAAAGACUAGUAAUGGCGAGUCUUCAAAGGUGCAGCCUUUGUCAGGAAAGAGGAGGAAAAGAACACCUAAUGACUCGGAAGUUGAUGGGAGUGAUGAAGGGAACAAACGAAUGAGAGGGCUUGAGGAUCUUGGAGUUGGUACAAUAGGAUCAAACGGAGAGGCUAAUAAGCAGGAAAAUGGAUUGGUUAGUGAUGAAGAAGACAUCAGUGAUUCUAUGCCGAAUGGGGUUCUUGCAAAUGGUACUAGCAGGGGUAGCUCUCCGGCGAUGAAAGGUAAAAGGUCACCAGCUGUAACUGCUAUGGCUUCUGUUGCUGUCUCUGAAAACAAAGAUUCUGCUGUAGUCAACAAUGAUAACUUGGACAGCAAUGGGGUUUCAUGUGACAAUGAUGAUGUUUCAUUAAAUGCUUCUGAGAAUGUUGCUGAAGUGAUGAUACAUAACAAUGCAAAAGAGACUGAAAUCUCCAGCAUAUCAGUUUCGGCAAAGGAUGAAGUAUUUGAUGUUCCGCUACUUGGAGAAGAUAAAUACUCUGCAGGAGCUUUCACAUCUUCACACACGAAAGCUCUAGCUCUUGUUUCUGAACCAACGAGGCAAUGUGAUGAUGUGGUGAAAACGGAAGGAUGUAAUGGAUUUGUUUGUGUAAGUCCAUCUGCUUUACUUAUCAAUGGGAUUGAGGAUAUCACUUCCAAGUGGCAGAUAAAAGGGAAAAGGAACCCAAGGCAGAUGAGUAAAAAACAAGAGGAAAGAAGACUUGCUUACGCCGAAGAAGCCAACAACAAUUCUCUGCCUCACUGUUCUCUCUCUGAUCAAAAUCCGCAUGGUCAUUUCAGCGGUAUGGGAAGAAACUCUCAACUGUAUGACGUGAAGAUCGAGGAAAAAGGUAGCUACAAACCCAGAAACGUCCCGAUGAUUUCCCUUAUGAGUAAACUGGACGGUGAAGCUAUCGUCGGUCAUCCUCUAACCGUUGAAGUGCUUCAAGAUGGAUCGUGUGACCGCAUUUUGUGCAGUCAUAUCAAGUCGCUUGUUGUUCCAAUGGUUGCUGGUGAUGUGAAGCCGAAGCCAUCUUGGAAGAAUAAAUCCAAGAAAAAGAAACCACACAUUCCUCCGCACAAAUCAUCAAAGUCAAAGAAAGCUUCGUCCCUAUCCGUAAAGACAAGGUGCCUCUCUGCUCUAAGUGGCCAGAAGCUGACAGUGAGUAGCAAGAAGAAAGUGAUGAUUGAGAAGAUGAAAGAGGGGAUUGUGUCUUGCAUCCCUCUGAAAGUAGUCUUCAGUAGGAUAAACGAAGCAGUGAAGGGGUCAGCGAGACAAGUACAUAGAGCAUUGCCAUCUUCAGGCAAUAAUACUACCUGAUGAGAUGAGUUUGGUCCUCCCUGGUUUGAUUUCGCCUCUAUUUCUCGUCUUUUCUUUUUUUCUUAUUGACUCAGGUUUAAGAUGAAACUAGCCCGGUUUUAGCGAGCUGGAUGGGUAUUACUGUAUAGUACAGAGAUAUCUUAGUCCUUGUGAGACAGAAAGAGAGAAAAGAAUGUGGAAGUGGAUGUGUGUAUAUGUAAUUAUAUUAGACAUAGCAAUUGGUGGUGGGAGGUGUAAUAUUAAAAGAAACAAAAAAAAAAAGAUAAACUCAGAAUAGGUGGAAGAAGACAUUGUUGCUCAUUUACUCAACUUAACAUUUCAAGGAUUGCUUUAGUCUUUUUCCAGAUAAA